CUGCUGCUCCGGCGCCACUUCGCCGACCGCGCUGUCUUGCCGGCGGAAAUGCCCAAGGUCGGAAGCAUCCCGCGCUCCGCCACGGUGGCGUGGUCGUCCUCCAACGAGCACUCUGGCUUGCUGGCGGCGGGCACCGUCGCGGGCGCCAUAUCGGACACGUUUGACUCCACUUCGCACCUCGAUGUCUUCUCGCUCGACCUGCAGGGCGGCGCCGAGCUGCCGCUGGUCGGCUCGCUCGCGUGCAACGACCGCUUCAGCCGGCUGACGUGGGGCACCAAGGGCGUGGCGGACGGCUCGCUGCCGUACGGGCUGCUGGCGGCCGGCACGGCCAACGGCAGCGUGCAGAUCGUCGACCCCGGCCGGCUCAUCAGCCGCCACGACGCCCCCGUGGUUGCGACGAUCGACUCCCACUCGGGGCCCGUGCGCGGGCUCGAGUUCAACCCGGCCGUGCCGGAGCUGCUCGCCUCGGGCGCGGCCGAGUCGGAGGUCUUCAUCACCGACCUGACGAAUCCGUCGACGCCGCGCGUCGUCUCGCCGGGCGCAAAGUCGCCCGGCCCCGGCGCCGACAUCUCUUGCGUCGCGUGGAACCGCAGGGUGACGCACAUCCUCGCGUCGACGUCGCACAACGGCCUCUCCGUCGUGUGGGACCUCAAGCUCAAGAAGCCGGUCAUCAACUUCACCAACUCGGCGAACCGCGGGCAGCGCAACUCAGUCAUCGCAUGGAACCCCGAGGUGGCGACGCAGAUCAUCGUCGCCUCCGAGGACGACGCCUUUCCGAGCAUGCAGAUCUGGGACUUGCGCAACGCGUUUGCGCCCGUCAAGGAGCUCACCGGCCACUCCAAGGGCAUCCUCACCGCGUCGUGGUGCCCGCAGGACGAGAACUUGCUCAUCUCGUCGGGCAAAGACAACCGCACGCUCUGCUGGGACCCGGCGACGGGCGAGGUGCUCUGCGAGCUGCCUCCCUCGGCCAAUUGGACGUUUGACGUGCAGUGGUCGCCUUGCCUGCCGGCCCUCCUCUCGUCCGCCUCAUUCUCGGGCGAGGUGGCGGUGCACUCGCUGGCGGACGCUUCCGCCACGGCCGGCGCCGAGGAGACGGGCGCCGACGGCUUCUCCGUGCAGGAGCCCCACGCGGGCAAGCCCAUGAUUCGCGCGCCAAAGUGGCUGCGCCGGCCGUGCGGCGCGUCCUUUGGCUUUGGCGGCAAGCUGGUGCGCUUCAGUCACAAGUCGAGCGAGGUGACGAUCGAGGACGUGCCCAGCGACACCGGCGUGGUUGCGCGGGCCGAGCAGCUGCGCGCCGCGCUCGAGGCCGGCGAUUUGGCCGGCUUCUGCGCCCACAAGGCCGAGGCGGCGCCGAGCGAGCGCGACGCGGACGACUGGAAGCUGAUGGAGGUGCUCUGCUCACACGACCAGCGGACGCUCGUGCUCGGCUUCCUCGGGCUCGUCGACCCGAACGCGCCGCCGCCGGCCGAGCCGCAGGCCGAGGCGGCCUACGAGCCCCAGUACGAGCCGCAGUACGAGGCGCAGCCCGAGCCGGACGUCAACCCCGAGGAGCUCUUCUCGCAGAUGGCAAUCGCGACGGAGCGGCAGAUGUCGCAGGCGUCGGAGCUGGACGCCAUGGGGGCGGCCGCGACCCCCCCCGCGCCCGACGACGGCGCGUCGCCCAUGCCGCCCGAGCCUGCCGCCGAGCCGCCCGCGCGGGCCGGGCCGCUCGAGACUGCGCCCGCGCCCGACGACCCGGACGUGUCGCUCGCGAUGCUGAACGGCAACUUUGCCACGGCGGUCGAGGUGUGCCUCGCGCAGGGCCGCGUCGCCGACGCGCUCAUCCUGGCCGCGUCCGGUGGUGAGGAGCUCUGGGCGGCGACGCGCGACCAGUACCUCGCCUCGAACAAGUCGGCGUUCAUGAGCCGGCUGUCGGCCGUCGUGCACCAAGACUUUGACCGGUACGUCGCUGAGUCGUCGCUGCCCGCGUGGAAGGAGACGCUCGCGCUCAUCCACACCUACGCCUCGGCCGAGGCGCUGCAGGGCCUGUGCAACUUGCUCGGCGAGCGGCUCGAGGCUGAGGCAGGCGACGCGUCGGCGGCGGUGCUCUGCUACAUGUGCGCCGCAAACACGGUCAAGGCGGUCGAGCUGUGGCACGCGCGCUACAGCGAGCAGAGCGCGGGGGCGGCGGGCGGCGGCGGGGGCGGCGGGGCGGAGGCGGGCUCGCUGCUCGAGCUGCUCGAGAAGGCGGUCGUGCUGCAGGAGGCGACGCAGAUCAAGGACGGCUACCCGCUCAUCGCCGAGCAGCUGACGGCGUUUGCAGGCUCCCGAGACGCUCCCGAGACGCCUCCGAGACGCCUCCGAGACGCCUCCGAGACGCCUCCGAGACACUCCGAGGCGCUACUGAGACAUCACUGCACGCCCACACCCGCCGCGCGCGGGUGCCUACAUGAGGCGAUGGGCUACUUGGUGCAGCUGCCGCCGGCGGAGACCGUCGACGACCCGGCCGCACUGCUCAUGCACCGCAUCCACGGCGCCAACCCAAACCUGCUCAUGGCGCCGCCGCCGGUGCCGUACGACGUGGUGCACGUGCCGGAGAGCUCGGCUGCGCAGGCGGGCUACCAGCCGCAGGCGGGCUACCAGCCGCAGGCGGGCUACACGCAGGGCUACGAGCAGACGCAGGGCUACGAGCAGACGCAGGGCUACGAGCAGACGCAGGGCUACGAGCAGACGCCGGGCUACGACGCCUACGCGCAGCAGCAGCCCUACGAGGCGGCGAACGGCAACGGCUACCACAACGGCGGCGGCUACAGCACCGACCCCUACGAGCACGUGCAGCAGCAGCAGCAGGCUUACGGCAGCUACCCCGCCGGCGGCCAAUAUGGCGCAUAUGACCAGGGCGCGGCGCCAAACAACGGCUACAGCAGCCGCGCCGCGCCCAUGUCCACCUACGAGCCCGCGCCCGCCGCGCCGCCCGCCGCGCCCUACGCGUAUCAGGCGCCUCCGGCGCCCGCAGCGCCGGCCCCGGCGCCCGCUGCGCCGCCCGCGGCCGGCUACUCGACGGGCUACUCGAGCUCCGCGCCGCCGCCGCCGCAGCCGCCGCCCGCCGCGUAUCAGUACCAGGCGCCGGCGCAGCCGUCGUACGAAGUGCCGCCGCAAGCCAGCUAUGCGCAGCCGGAGCCGCCGCCGCCCGCGGCCGCGCCGCCGCCCGCGCCGCCGCCCGCGCCGCCGCCGCCGACGUACGACCCGUCGGGGGUGAUUGGCACCAUCCAGGGCCUCAUGGCGCAGUGCGGCGCCUACCAGCUGCAGCCGGUGGACAAGCGGCGGCUGGAGGACACCGAGAAGCGCUCCGGGGCGCUCUUCACCAAGCUGCAGGCCGGAGGCGUGUCGCAGCCUGUGUUUGACAAGCUCGAGCAGCUGUGCGGCGCGCUGGCGGCGGGCGACGCGCGCACCGCGCUCGAGGUGCACGUCCACCUGACGACGACUGAUUGGGCCGACAACGGCCACUGGCUCAUGGGGCUCAAGCGGCUCAUCGAGCUCGUCGGCAAGCUGGGCGUCGCCCUGCAGUAGCCACGCGCGGGCGUGUGUGGGACGGUUUCGCGGCGGGAGGCCGGUGUGAUGACGACCAGACGAGCUCGGGGAGGAUUGCGCGACUCAGAUUUUUCGGUCUCGCCUGUCGGUUGGGAGGUGCGUGCGCGCGCGCCGCGCGGCUGUGCACGUGCGCAGGGGGGAUGCUGCGCGCGCGGCUGUCGUAGGAUGAGAUCCCCGCGCUUGUGUAGAGCUAUACUCUCGCUU